GGGAAUCACUGCGUUGCCUUUCAACAGCCUGUGCCCCUCUCUCUGUCUGCUUCUUUCAUAGCUGUGACUGCACCAAGAGAGAUAUAUUUAUAUAUAUAUUUAAAUCCCCGGCUUCCAGCUACCGCCUGGAAACACAGUUGCUGAACACCAUGAAAGCUAUUAUUCAGAGAGUGGCGAAGGCCAGUGUCACAGUGGGUGAGGAACAAAUCAGCUCAAUAGGACGAGGUAUCUGUGUGCUGCUUGGCAUCUCGGUGGAAGACACCCAGAAAGACAUGGAGUAUAUGGUUCGCAAGAUCCUGAAUUUAAGGUUAUUUGAGGAUGAAAAUGGAAAGCACUGGUGUAAGAGUGUGAUGGAUAAGCAGUAUGAGGUUCUUGUCGUCAGUCAGUUCACACUGCAGUGCAUCCUGAAGGGUAACAAGCCGGAUUUCCACUUGGCAAUGGGAACGGAGCAGUCAGAGACCUUCUACAAUGGCUUGUUACAACACAUCAGGAAGGCCUACAAACCUGAGCUGGUGAAAGAUGGCAAAUUUGGAGCCUACAUGCAAGUUCAUAUACAGAAUGAUGGUCCGGUCACUAUUGAAUUAGAAUCGCCUACAGGUCCCUCUGACCCUAAGCAGUUGACAAAACUGGAAAAACAGCAGCAGCGAAAGGAAAAGACAAGGACUAAAGUACCUUCAGAAUACACCAAGGAGAAAAGUGCCUCACGCAGCAAAGAUGACCCCAGUGCUAGCAGUGGUGCUGAUGGAGAUGUUUCAUCAGAAAGAGAGCCCUAAAUGUACAGUGUGGAACACCGUAAGCUACAGGUUUUUAGAGACUUUCUUUUGGGAACACUGCACUGGAUUAUGGAUCACUCUUGAGUUCAUGGAAUAUACAGACUGCAUUGAUCUCCACUUAUUAAAUCAGAUGCCGAUAGUACAAGAGAGGAAGAAGGAAAUUGAAACCAAAGUGUGACCAAGGUCUUGAAUUCUGAAAUGUAGCUAACAAAUAAAGUUGUUGAGAAAUGAG